AUUUGUCCACACAGCUGCAGGUAGUCCACGUCUAAACUGUCUUUGGUUUGUACUGAUCAUUCAUUUUGUCAACACCUGUUUUCUUUGUCUGUUGUUAUUGAUGACAGGGAUCUGUCCACUACCAGGGUAAGUGCUGCUGUCAGUGUUUCACAGUAGAACCUGGACACGUGUCUUGUGUUUUCUGUGGUGUGUCACUGCAGAUUACGACUUUGUAACGUGGUAAUAAAGAUAGAAAUGAAGUCUGUUUCCCACCUUUUAUGUCUGUCAACUCUGCUUCUGCAGAUGAGCUGGACCGCUGGGACACAGUGCGUAGCAAAGACGGACAACAAAAAACCCAAACCUGGGGAACUUUCCUAUCACAAAGGAGACAUCCUCACCAUCGUUGACAUCAGCGCGAAGAAGGGGUUUUACAGAGCAACUCACAACAGCACAGGAGUGGAAGGACUCAUCAACGGCACAAAUGUCCGUGAGCGUCAAGCUCUGCGUGUCGACCCCAGCCUCAGCCUCAUGCCUUGGUUCCACGGAAAGAUCUCUGGUCCAGAGGCGGUGACUAAGCUGCAGCCGCCUGAGGACGGCCUGUUCCUGGUGCGGGAGUCCAUCCGUCAUCCCGGUGACUACGUCCUGUGCGUCAGCGUCUCUGGAGAGGUCGACCACUACCGCGUGAUUUAUCAGGACAACAAGCUGACCAUCGACAACGUCAAGUAUUUCUACAACCUGAUUGACAUGAUCGAAUUCUACUCCCAGAAUAAAGGUUCUAUUUCUACCAUUCUCCUGAAGCCCAGAGAAAAACAUGGAGCAAAGUCAGCGGAGCUGGCACUGUCCAAGGCUGGGUGGCUGCUGGACAUCACCAAACUCAAACUGGGGGAGACGAUAGGAGAAGGAGAGUAUGGAGUUGUUUAUAAAGGGGACUACAUGGGCCAGCGAGUGGCAGUAAAGAGCAUUAAAUGUGACGUCAGAGCUCAGGCUUUUCUGCAGGAGACGGCAGUUAUGACGAAGCUCCAGCAUAAAAACCUGGUCAUGUUGUUGGGCGUCAUUCUUCAUAAGGGCCUUCAUAUUGUCACAGAGCUCAUGAUGAAGGGAAACCUUGUCAAUUUCCUCCGGACCAGGGGACGUUUGGUUGUUAAAGUUGAUCAACUUCUCCGCUUUUCACUCGACGUGUGUGAAGGGAUGGAGUACCUGGAGUCCAAGAAGCUGGUCCACAGAGACCUGGCAGCUCGGAACAUCUUGAUCUCAGACGACAGCGUGGCCAAGGUCAGUGACUUCGGCCUGACGAAGGUGGACUCCAAGGUGUCAGACAAUGUCAAACUGCCCGUCAAAUGGACGGCCCCUGAAGCUCUGAGGAAAGAGAAAUUUUCCACAAAGUCAGACGUUUGGAGUUAUGGCGUUCUACUGUGGGAGAUGUUUUCGUACGGUCGUCAGCCGUAUCCUAAAAUGACCCUGAAGGAGGUGAACGAAAGAGUGGAGGCAGGGUAUCGAAUGGAGGCUCCAGAACAUUGUCCUCCUGCUGUCUACUCCCUGAUGAGGAGCUGCUGGGAGCGGGAGCCCCGCAGGAGACCCACCUUCCACAAACUGAGGGAGAAACUGGAGUCUGAGCACCGCAACGCCACCGGCUCUGAGCCCGGAUGCUGAUCCAGGCCGUUAGCUUUGAACUCACCAUGUUGGAAACAAAAGUUUCUGAAACUCCGGACGGUCGACUGCCGAGGAGUCUGCGCUCUGGAUGUAGCAGAGCGGCGCGGCGGGAGCGUGCUGGGACUGAUGGGAAAUACUUCACCAACCAUGAAAACUAUGCUGCGUCUGCUAACUGCAUGAAUGUUGAGGUAACGUUCCUUGAUACAAAGACUGAAAUACCUCAAAGAACUUGGAUGGUGUCGUGGUCACGGCUCCUCACGCGGCCCAUGAAUCUGGGCCACAGCCUACAGUCACUGGUAUUUAUCUGAAAUUCUAUUCAUCGACAGGAAAUGUUUUAAUGGGAAACUUUAAUGCACUUUCUGCCUUAAAAAAAAAGUCUAACUUAAGUCCCUGUAGUCAUUUGUUGGUUGCAUUAGUGCCACCUAGUGGCUAUGUUUACCAACAGUAGAAUUUGCGUCACUAAAAAAAAGGAAUAAAAUAAAAUAAUUAAUAUUUUUGGAUCUUAUAUUAUCAUCAUGUCACUAGGCCAAAAAAAACAUAUAUAUAUAUAUAUUUAUAUACAUAUAUAUUUCUAAAGUAAUAAAAAAAUGUAUAUAAAUCAACAGCUCCACUGCACUAGUGACGACUUCUGUCUUUGUUUUAUUUAUUUUUCAGAGCUCUGGGUUUGUGACCAUUUUACAGCAAUAAUUUAUUUUUUUAAUGUAAAAGUAAUUUAUAUUUCAUUUUAAUAUAUAUUUUUUGUGUUAUUUUCUUUGUUUCUUUGUUUCUUUGUUUUGAGUUGAUCUGAUUUGUUUCUGUGAAAUGUUGUCGUUGACUUUGUUUAGUCUAAUUUGACUACUUUAGAAAACAAGUCUGUUUUUAAGCAGAACAUUUGUCAGAGGAAAACAUUUGAGGAUUCAUUAGUCCGAGCUCCUGCUGUGAGGGAGAACGGAGACGACAUUUGAAACAAUUAGCUUAGCAGAAAACUGCUGUCAAUCACUGUUAAAGAGGAAAGAUUCCUCUUAACAACCCUCCCUAAUCCCUGUGUUUCACCUCCUACAGCCUUCCCCCUCCUCCACCCUUCCCCCCCCCCCCCCCCCCCCCCCCCCUCCUCCACCCUCGGCUUUGUCCACCUCACCCUCUCCAUGUGCCUCCUCUUCCACUCUCUUCUCUGAGCUGAAACAUCUCUGGUUCUGCUGCGGGUAGGAUCGACUUUAAUUCAUUUAAAAAA